AUGCCACUAAUACUGACAUACUACAGUGUGGUCACCACUACUGAUUUACCUGAGCCGGUCCGCAGCAGAGGAUCCAUGCCACUAAUACUGACAUACUACAGUGUGGUCACCACUACUGAUUUACCUGAGCCGGUCCGCAGCAGAGUAUCCAUGCCACUAAUACUGACAUACUACAGUGUGGUCACCACUACUUAUUUACCUGAGCCGGUCCGCAGCAGAUUAUCCAUGCCACUAAUACUGACAUACUACAGUGUGGUCACCACUACUGAUUUACCUGAGCCGGUCCGCAGCAGAGUAUCCAUGCCACUAAUAUUGACAUACUACAGUGUGGUCACCACUACUGAUUUACCUGUGCCCGUCCGCAGCAGAGGAUCCAUGCCACUAAUAUUGACAUACUACAGUGUGGUCACCACUACUGAUUUACCUGAGCCGGUCCGCAGCAGAGUAUCCAUGCCACUAAUAUUGACAUACUACAGUGUGGUCACCACUACUGAUUUACCUGAGCCGGUCCGCAGCAGAGUAUCCAUGCCACUAAUAUUGACAUACUACAGUGUGGUCACCACUACUGAUUUACCUGAGCCGGUCCGCAGCAGAGUAUCCAUGCCACUAAUAUUGACAUACUACAGUGUGGUCACCACUACUGAUUUACCUGAGCCGGUCCGCAGCAGAGGAUCCAUGCCACUAAUAUUGACAUACUACAGUGUGGUCACCACUACUGAUUUACCUGAGCCGGUCCGCAGCAGAGUAUCCAUGCCACUAAUAUUGACAUACUACAGUGUGGUCACCACUACUGAUUUACCUGAGCCGGUCCGCAGCAGAGGAUCCAUGCCACUAAUAUUGACAUACUACAGUGUGGUCACCACUACUGAUUUACCUGAGCCGGUCCGCAGCAGAGUAUCCAUGCCACUAAUAUUGACAUACUACAGUGUGGUCACCACUACUGAUUUACCUGAGCCGGUCCGCAGCAGAGUAUCCAUGCCACUAAUAUUGACAUACUACAGUGUGGUCACCACUACUGAUUUACCUGAGCCGGUCCGCAGCAGAGGAUCCAUGCCACUAAUAUUGACAUACUACAGUGUGGUCACCACUACUGAUUUACCUGAGCCGGUCCGCAGCAGAGUAUCCAUGCCACUAAUAUUGACAUACUACAGUGUGGUCACCACAACUGAUUUACCUGAGCCGGUCCGCAGCAGAGUAUCCAUGCCACUAAUAUUGACAUAG